AUGACAAGUGAUAAACAUAGCAAUAAUUUUUUCAGUGAAUUUAAUAUUUAUAAUAAAAAGAAUGCAAAGAAAGUUGUUUAUAGAUAUUUUCAAAACAGAACUCCUAAACAGACAAAGUAUAUUACUUUAUCACUCCUAGUAUUUAGUGGGAUGUUUUUAUAUAUAACUAAUAAAGCUUAUGAUAGAAAUAUUUUUUAUUUAAACAAUGAAGUAUAUAAAAAGUUGAAUAAAAAUUAUGAUGCAUCAUCACCG